AACGUAAACAGCGUCCGCUGCCAUUUCACGCUUUUCUGAUAAAAAUGUUUUAAAUCAAAAAGUGUUAAUUAAAACCGAAAUCAAAGUCAAUGUGGCUGUGGACGCAGACGGUUCGUGUUUGUGCGCGUGAACGUGGACAGAAAUAAAUCGUUUGCAGCAUCUGCUAAUAUUAAAUACUAAAUUGAUUUCGAGUCGGAACAGACAGACAACUGAGAGCGACGGCGUUUGGCGCUCGUGAGCGUGCUUUUGCAUAUUUUUUGUGUUUAUGUUCUACCUGACAUUCUGUGGCAUCAGUUGUGAAUGUCAGCCGCAAAGUGAACGAGACGAGAAAUCACGGCCAAAAGCAAAUAAACAAGAAUCAUUAAAAACGGCAAUAAAUCACAGAUUCGGACUCGCUCCCGUUCAAGAAUUCACAAUAUAUUAAAUAAACAUUUACAAUUUAGUUUCGCGUGGCAGCCGGGGCUACAAAACAAAAAGAAUUCAACAACUUCAUUUGCUGGCUGGCUGUAAUACGCCGCCAACUGGUAAAGACAACGAAAAAACCGUCGAAAUGGAUGAUGAGUUUAAGCUUUGCUGGAAGAACUUCCAGGACAAUAUUGCCAGUGGAUUUCAAAACUUGUACGAUCGAGGCGAUCUGGUGGAUGUCACGCUGGCAUGUGAUGGCAAACUGUUGCAGGCCCACAAAAUCGUCUUGGCUAUAUGCAGUCCGUACUUUCAAGAGAUAUUCACAACCAAUCCCUGCCAGCAUCCCAUUAUCAUACUCAAAGAUGUAAGCUUCAACAUCAUGUGCGAGUUGCUGGAGUUCAUGUAUCAGGGUGUGGUGAAUGUGAAGCACACGGAGCUGCAAUCGUUUAUGAAGAUUGGACAACUGCUGCAGAUCAAGGGUCUGGCGACCAAUUCAAAUGCCUCACCCGGCUCCAGUGGCUCGGAGAAGUCCGCUAGUCAACUGACAAAUGCCGCUGGUGAUGAGCCCAACAACAGCAGCAACAGUAGUCACAACAACAACAACAACAGCACCAACAGCAAUAACAAUAGCAACAACAGCAAAGCAGAAGCGGAUCAUAAUGACUCCAAGAAUAGCACGCAGAGCAACUCACGCACUCCGACAGCUUCGCCGAGUGGUUGUCGUGGUUCAACCAGCGAUCCCAGUCAUCUUUUUGCCCAGAGCAAGCGCUCAGCUCCCGCGGAAUUCAACAGCGAUUCUCUGUCCAUUUAUUCACGCAAACAGCUGCGUCGAUCUUUGACGGAACAUUCCGGCGCCGGAUGCAGUGAGAGUGGCGAUAAUGCAGACACGGCCAGCAUGGAGAAUGCCCUCAACUCGGAGGAGUUCUUUCUGCCACCAAUACCGCACAUCUCGAUGGUGGAAUCACGCUACGAUCUGGGCAGCCUGAAGCGAGAGGGUGACAAUCAUCAUGGCGCUGGCGGAGCAAUUGGAAGUGGCAGUAGCAGUGCAUCCUCCUCGACAGCUGUUGGCUCGCUGCGUAAUCCUUUCGGGCCGGCCUUCAAUCUGGACUACAAUAACUUCUACAAGGCGGGCAACAGCAGCGGACCGAGCAGCUCCAACAACGUGUCCGGCCUUGGGCCAGGUGGUGGCAACAAUGGCGGCAACAGCCUUGGCGUCAAUGUUGGUCCUGCCACCGAAUAUCCCAAUGAACUCUAUAUGCCCAGUGACUACACCAAGAACUUUGCCAAUCACAUGGACAUUCCGUCAAAUGGCAGCAACAUGGUAAUGCUGUCCACCACCUCGCUGCUCCAUGGCAAUUGCGUUUUCAAUCGCAACAACACCGUCGCCACGCAGCAGGGCAUGAAGACCUACUGGCUGUGCAAAUCCUAUCGCAUCAGCAUGUGCCGGGCUAGAUGCAUCACCCAUCUGGGCAGGAUUAUAUCCGCCACCGGCGUACACAAUCACUUGCCCCAUAUGCGGGGCGGCAGCUCCGGCGGCGGCUCCAGUGCUUGCAGUACCACGCAGAGCAGCAGCUCAUCAACGACUGUCACACCAAAUCCCAAUCCUGGCCAGCCAAGCUACAGCGUCUCUGAUGGUAGUCAUAUUAUAUCACCACCCGGCGUGGAAAUAAGUCAUGCGUCAGCGGGAAACAGUUCAAGCUCCCGACUAGGUGCUAAUCUAUUUGCCAACCAGACGCCGACAUCGCCAGCGUUGCCUGGAGGUCAUGGAGGUCAUUCGGGCUCAAGCUCGCAUCAUCAUCACCAUCAUCAUCUGACGCAGUCGCUGCCCAAUCUGCUGGUGCAGCAUCACACGCCGCACAGCAGCAUGGAGCAGCAUGGCAUGGGAAGUAAUCCGCCGCCGCCACCGCCUGGGAGCAACAGCGUCAUACAGAACAUAAUGCACAAUCCCAAUCUUAUGCAUUUGCCGAUGCAAUCGCAUCCACAUCCGCAUCCACAUCAUCACCAGCAGCAGCAGCAGCAUCAACAGCAACACUCGCCACAUUCACAGCAUCAUCUGGAACUGGGUGCUGGAUCGGUGAUGUUGCCACUUUCGCCUGCCCACAUGCAACAGAGUCCGCAGUCGAACAGAAGCAGCCACUCCAUGCAUACCACUGAAUCCCCGCUGGGCAUGAAGAGUCCUCCGCCGCCACAGCAACAGCCACAGUCAACCAGCAGCCAUGUGGAUGCGGAGCAGCAGCAGCAGCAGCAUGUGGACAUCAAUGCAACCGCAGAUGGAUCUGCGGAGAGUGCGGCGAGCACGGCGCAUGUGAUUGACUCCAUAACGAUAUCACCUGGCAGCGGUCACAAUUUUAAGAUCGAGAACAUCUAAAAGGGCUUCGCUUAGUUAAUAAGAUGGAUUUAUUUAUUGCGGCAGGAGCCGAUUAGUUAGUGUUUUUAGAUGAAAUUCAAUACUACUUGAUUGACAUUGAUUUGAUUUUUGUUCUUAUGUAUUUAUAUAUAUGAUAUAUGUAUGUAAAGUACUACUUACAUAAUUACAUGUAGGUUUAAGUAUUGUGAAAUGCAAAUGAAACAUAUGAAUUGCAA